AAACAGACCCACAAGCUUUAGCCGACACCCUAAACAAAAUCCAAAAAUUGCACCAAAAUCUGAACAUUUUAACAGUUCAUACUCUUAAAAUCAAAAUCCAACUCCAUCAAAUACAUCACAAAAAAAAAGAUAAAAAUCAGACCAGCUAUGAAACCUGGUCUCUAAUCAUACAUCUCCCACCAUGCCUUCGCGCUCACUUCCGCCACUGCCACCGGAAUCAUCCUCCCCACCACCGUCGUUUACCCAUCACACCCGUUUUUCCACUCGUCUCAUCCCUCCCAUAACCGCUGCCACCGCCGCCUUUUCCUUCCUCCUUGUCUUUACGUUCUGCUUCCGUAAAAUCACCCGCAACCGCACCGUCCCAUCAGACGCCAAACCACCUCACCGCUUCUCCUACUCCAUUCUCCGCCGCGCCACCAACUCCUUCUCUCCUUCUCUCCGCCUCGGCCAAGGCGGGUUCGGCUCCGUCUACCGCGGAACUCUCCCAAAUGGUCAACUUGUUGCAGUCAAAGUCAUGGACUCGGGCUCUCUUCAAGGAGAGCGCGAGUUUCAGAACGAGUUGUUUUUUUCAUCGAAGCUCGAGUCAGAUUACAUCGUUACCCCACUUGGGUUCUCCUCGGACCGGAAACACCGGUCUAUGUUAUUGAUUUAUGAACUGAUUCCUAACGGUAAUUUGCAGGAUGCACUUUUACAGAGGAAAUGCCCUGAAUUGUUACUGUGGAGUAAAAGAUUUAGCAUUGCUGUUGAGAUUGCUAAAGGUAUUGCUUAUCUUCAUAAUUUUAAUCCGCCUGUUAUUCAUGGUGAUGUUAAACCUAGUAAUAUUUUGUUGGAUAAGUCUUUUAAUGCAAAAAUCGCGGAUUUCGGAUUGGCUUGGAUGGAUUUAGAAUGUCAGAAUCCGAAUCAGAAUCAAAUUCAGUGUGAGAUUAAGGUUGAAGAGAGUGAUGUAAAGAAAACUGAAUUAGAAAGUGUUAAUCUUGAGGAUAAUGGAUCUGUGGUAGAGAUGGAGAGUGUGAAUACGGAGUUUAAUUUAGGAGUGGAUCAGUCUCCGGAGAGUUUUAUUAGGGGCCCUGUUUCGGUUUCUGCUACGUCGCCGGAGAGUGUGGUAGUUGUUACGCCUUCGGCGGAGACUGUGGAGGUUGUUAAUGCUUCACCCCGGGAGGAUUUUGACGGAGUUAGUGUGGAGAGUAAUGGUGAGAUGUUGAAAGAAAGAGGGGGUAGAAGUGCUUCUGGUAGGUCUUGGUGGUGGAAGCAGGAUAAGAUUGAUUCGGGGGAGAAUGGGGCUGUGAAGGAUUAUGUGAUGGAAUGGAUUGGGACUGAGAUAAAGAAGGAGAGGCCGAAGAGUGAUUGGAUUGCGGCUUCGUCUUCUAGCAAUCAAUCGACUGUGAAAACGGAUAAAAAGAAGAAUCGAAAGCGGUUAGAUUGGUGGGUGUCGUUGGAUGAGGAGAAAGAGGAUAAGAUUUUGAAGAGGGAGAAAAGGAGACAACCAAGGGAAUGGUGGAAGGAGGAGUAUUGUGAAGAAUUAGAGAAGAAGAAGAAAAAGAAGAAGAAACAGCAGCAAGACAAGGGAAUAACGAGUACGGAUGGCAACGGAGGGGAAAAUUGGUGGCCGAGGGAUGAUGAGUUGUACGCCGAGAGGAAAAAGAAGAAGAAUAAACGGAGUAGAAGUAGAAGUAGUCUCGGCAGUAUCGACUGGUUCAGUGGUGAGUUAUUUAAGGCUAACCACAUUAGCCAUGAUUCUUUAAGUGGAGAGAUUCCGAAGAGUGGAGGAAUUAGUAGUACGCCGAGCAUGAGAGGAACUGUUUGUUAUGUUGCUCCUGAAUACGGGGGCGGUGGUCGUUUAUCUAGCAAAUCCGAUGUUUACAGUUUCGGAGUUGUCUUGUUAGUUAUUAUUGCAGGAAGACGCCCACUUCAGGUUUCUAGCUCACCGAUGUCUGAGUUUCAGCGAGCCAAUCUAAUACAUUGGGCUCGUCAUCUUGCACGAGCUGGAAAGCUUAUUGAAUUGGUUGAUCAAUCUGUACAGUCUAUAGAUCGAGAUCAAGCUCAAUUAUGCAUUACUAUAGCUCUGCUUUGUUUGCAGAAAUCCCCUAUCCGUCGCCCUUCGAUGAAGGAGGUUGUGGGAAUGCUCACGGGAGAGCUAGAGGCUCCCGAGUUACCAAUUGAAUAUUCGCCUUCACCUCCAUCGAGGAUCCCUUUUAAGUCCAGAUCGCAUAAGAAAGUCCGGUGAGUUUUUGUCAAUUGUUGGUAUAGAUCAUUGGUUUGGAUAAUACAUGUAAAGAGAAAAUCUUACUUUACCAUGAAAUAGAUGGAAACAGUUGCACUUACUUUAAUGUUGAUACGGCCUUUGGCAUACAAGUAAAUUGAUUACUAACAUCAUAAUGUUCAUGUAAA